CGACGAAAAUAUCUUUUCAUUAGCUCUGGCUAUCAGAUUAUUUUCCAGUGUUAUCACUGGGAUGGAAAUGUCAGUCAAUUUUCAAAUGCUGUCUUUGAAAAGGUAGAUCGCUGUCACUGCCAAUUUUCCCACCUCGGCAAUAUCCAACACAAAAACCUCACCAUUACUUGAACUGGCCGACAGUAAUAUUUUCGUCGCCCAAUGCCAGACAAUAUUUUCGACAUGUCGAGUAUAAUUAUUCAGACGAUCUUCUGCACUCGAAGUUUUGCUUCGAAAUCCGCCGUAGAUCAUGGGAUUCGCGAUGGAUUGUCGAACAUUCCUUUAGGAGGCAUUCCUUCAGGAGGCUCUACCUCCUUUUGCUCCCUUCGCGAAAGACUUAUUUCAAUUGUCGACAACUUUCGACCAUCUCCUCUUCGACACAAAUUUUUUACAACAGUCACAAUGGAAAUGGCGACAAAAGAAGGAAUCUGGUCUGAAAAAUAUACUCUGGAUCUCCCACCAGAUAUAUCACGUGACAAGUCAGAACUCGACUACCUUCGACGAACCAAUAUGGAAGCAGCAGCUGAGGCGGUGGCAAGCCCUCAACUCAAACCAUCUCCUGUACGGAAGGGACAACCAACAAUCAUCUAUCGCCCAACUCUGACUCCAGCUUCAGCAGAAAUUGUUGUACCAUCUCUUAUGGCAAGGGAAACAGCCAGGAACAAGGGACACGAGAUUGAUAGUUGUUCAAUCCCUGCCAAGCAUCUGACGGAAGAGACGCGUCGGGAUUCUGGAGUUGCUAUGGAGGACGAGGAUGAGAAUGAAAAUUCAACAAUUCCUAAUCAAUCGACAAAAUCUGUGGAUUUGAUCGAAGAAGCCCGCCGGGACUCUGGAAUUGCAAUUGAGGAUGAGGACAAAAAGUCAGAACCCCUCAAUCGUUCACUAAAGCCAAUGUCACGCAAGAAUCUGCUCGCUCAAGGGAUAAUGUCGAGGGGCCGACGAUCUCUGGCCUCUCAGAGUGAAGCAGAUGCUAUGUUCAAAAUCGACGAAGCUUUCACGAAUUUCGUCAUACGGGAACAUCCCGCCGGGUACGUACUGGAUGAAACUCCAUCUAUCCCGCCGGCAUGAUCCUUGUUAUGAAGGACCUGAUUAAGGUUAUUGGGUGCAAACGUACAAUACCUAUGUGCCUCUCGAAACCUUAUGCGAAUCACCGAGGGUGACAAAUCGAUCCCUCAAACCUCUGGCCCAAUGCAAGGGUAAACUCUAUACCGCUCCACAGAACAUCACAGAAGACAUCAAAAGAGCUUUAUAGACAUUCAUGAAACUACGAUCGCUGAUAUGGAGUUUGGAGAGAAUACGAGGGACGGAGUUAGGAGCAUGAUGUUUCUAUAUGAGCAUGCGGAAGAGAGGCAAGGGGCGCAACUGGUGGAGAGCAAUCUGGGAUUUUUAUAGCGGGAUUCGCUGCUCGGAGUUCUAUUUCUAAGAAAAUUGGGCGGAGGAACUGGGUUUUCCGGGAGCGUUGAAUUGCAGUAGCUGCGUCAAAUAGUUGUGAUCAUGGAGACCUCAACAGCUGAGACCAAAUAGAUGAACAAGAUUCAACUUAUGAAACCAUC